CGGCGGAUCGUUGGCGUUUGUUGUGCGUGACAUUCCGAGCUGCGCUGCAGCCUUUUGCAAAAACUACAAAUAAAACAAAUCAGUUUUUUUUAUUUUUUGUUCGCAUAAAGUUAUUUGGAAAUGUCUUUUUCAAGGGCUCCCCUGAAGAGGUUCAAUGAGAACGUAGGUUGCGCCCCUCCACCGGGAGCCUAUGAGAUCAAAUCCGGGGAGCUGAAGGGAGCAGCAUCCUUCGAUAAAUCAGAUCGUUUCAGAACAGUCAAGGCAGUUUCUGGGGGUGUUCUGGCACCUCCAUCACCAUCCAGAAAUGCCCUCGUCUCUCCUGUCCGCAGGACUAUGUCUGUUGAUGGUCUUACUGAGGGCUCCAGUGUGAAGAAAGAGAGGAACGGGAUGACCAUUGACAGGAAGCAGCAGAAACUCCUGGAGAGAGAGAUCCGGUCUCUGGUGCAGCAGCGGGGGGAGCAGGACCGCCGGCUGCUGGUGCUGGAUGAAGAGCUGAAGAAAGCUGAGGCCAAACUGCUGGCUGCAGUCAGGGAGAAGACUGGCCUCGCUGCCAAUGUUACCACACUUGAAAGACAGCGAGCGGAGCUCAAAAAGGUCAACGAGUUCCUUAAAAACAAGGUUUCUGCAGACACCACAAAGAAGAGGAUCAAUUCCCUCACAAUGGAGCUGAUGGAAGUCAAGAACCAUUUGGAUGUCAAAAACAAGGAGUUAAGUAUCCUGCAGAUUAAUACCGAGAGCCAACUGAAGGUGCUGCAAACUGACCUGCAAGCUGCAAGGGCCUCAACCUGCGCCCAGCAGGACAGGAAUAAAGACUUGGAGGAUCUCUAUGAAGUGGCAAAAACCCAGAAUGAAAGUCUUGAGAAAGAAAAUGCUACUCUACAUGCUGUGGUCAGGGAGCUCAGGGAGGAGAUGAAAGUGCUUCAGGGAUACUUGGAUUCAGCCAAUGACCAGAUCCAGGAUCUCCGCUUGAAGAUUCAAGAAAACACGGUGGUGCGUUCUGAAAUGGAGAAACUAACCCAAUUAGAGAAGGAACUAGAGCAGUGUACCAGAGAGCUGGAAAACACAGAGAGUUUGCUGAGAGACAAAGAAGAGGAGGCCCAAACAUUCCAGGAGGCACUGCAGGCAUCAAAGGACACUUUAUGGGAAGUGGAGAAGAGGAUGGAGUACCAAGAGGUGGAGCUGCAGUCCGCUCAAAAGUCAGCGAGUGACAUGGAGAAGCAAGUGAAGCUGGCCAGCCAGGAAGGUCAAGACUCUGAAGCAACGGUCCGCCAACAAGAAACGGAGCUGGCCCGACUCAGGGAGGUGCUGAGGAGGACGGAGAGGGAGCUGGAUGAGAGGGUGGCCCAUCUGGAACAGAGGUGCCUUUUCUCCGAGGAAGAGAAAAACAAGACUCAAGAGGAGGGACUGAAGAAAGUGGAGGAGCUCAAGAUGGAGCUGGCCUCGCUGCAGCAGGCGAAACGAGAUGAGAGAAAGAGACAGAUUCAGCUGGAGCAGGAGCACGCUGUACUCACGGAGGAGCUGACGAAAGAAAAGGCGCUUGUGGACUCCCUGACUGUGCUGGUGGAGCAUGAAAGAGCGGAGUCUGAGGAGCGGCUGACACAGCUGAAGGAGGAGAUGGAAGAGGUGCUGGGAGAGCUCGCCGUCAUGGAGGAGCAGGAGCACAGGAGUCAGGAGGUGGCAGAGAAGAGUCAGGAGGCCCUUCAGAAGCUGCGGGAGGAAAAAGACGAGCUGGAGCGGCAGCUAAACGAUACAAAGCAGCUCCUGGAGAGCCGGAGCAGUGACGUGGUGGCUUUGCAUUUGGCCGCCAUGAGAGAACUCCAAGAGGCAAACGCAGACCUGCAGGCAAAAUUGGGAGAUGUUGUCACGGAGCUAGAAAGCACCAAAGAGGCUCUGAGGGGAGAGAAGGGAAGACAAAGAGAGCUGGAAAUGGAGCUGGAGAAGGUGACCCUUCAACUGAGGGAGUUGAUGGAAAAAAUGGUUGAAGAAAAAGGGGAAGAGAUCGACAAAAUGAAGGAGUGGACGGACGAGCACCAAGAGAGACUGCAGGCGGAGGAAAAAGCCCGAGAGAAUUCCCGACUUUUGCUGGAGGUGCAGGCUCGCUUUGCCCAAAAAGAGGAGGAGAUGAAGGCCGCGGAGGCGAGGCACGCGGCUCAAAUGGACCUGCUUCAGCAGGAGCUGCGGAUCCGGACCAGCGAGAAAGAAGAGGCUCUGGGGCAACUGGAUCAACAGAAGAGCCAGAGUUUAACUGAACUCCAACAUGAGAGGGAAAAUGCCCAGAAACUGCUGGAAGAGAUCAGCCAAGAGAAGGAGGAAAUGAUCAAACGGAUCCAAGAAGAAAGGGAGGAGAAAGUCCAAAUUGAGGGAGCCUACCGGGAGAACAAAGAAGCAUUCGAGGCAGAGAGAAGAAACCACGAGCUGGUCAGGUCAGAGGUGCUCAGACUACAGGAUGAGCUUAAGAGGGUUGAUGAGGAUAGAAAGAGUCUGCUGUCUGAAGUAGAGCUCAAAGAACAGCUGAGGCGUGCUCUGGAAAGUCAGCUAGGUGCUACGGAGGAGGACAAAAACCAGCUUGGAUUUCGUCUGGACGAGGCCGAGCAAGAAAGGGUUAGCCUCAAGGCCCAAUUAGCCCUCGCAGAGGAGAAGACGAAGGCUCUGGAACACGAGCUGGAAACCCAUCGACAAGACAGGCUGGCGCUGGGGGAACAGGUAGAAACCCUGAGUCAGCAGAAGGUCACACUGCAGUGGGAAAUGGAGGAGCAGCGGCAGGAGCUCCAAAGACAAUUAGCCGAGGCGCAAGAGCAGAGCUCCCCAAGGUCUGAAACCGAGCACUGGAGGAAACAAUAUGAGGAGCUGUAUUCUAAGGUCAGGCCAUUCCAGGAGCAGCUGGACGCGUUUGCAGCGGAGCGGAACGCGCUGCUCAACGAGAACGGGGCCAACCAGGAGGAACUAAACAAACUGGCCGACGCCUACGCCCGCCUCCUGGGUCACCAGAACCAGAAGCAGAAGAUCAAGCAUGUGGUUAAGCUCAAAGACGAGAACGUCUCCCUAAAACAGGAGGUGCUGAAGCUCCGGACACUGGUUGGCCGCCAGAAAAGCGACCUGGAGCAGCUCAAGUCAAAGCUCCCAGGGGCUCCCCGCCGCAGGUUUGAUCCCAGCAAAGCUUUUCAGCACGACAAGGAGAACUUGCAAAGUGACACAAGCAAACCUCUGAAAGACGGAAACCAUAUAGAGUAGAAGAACUCUGCCAACCGACAAGAUGUGACAACAGCUUUUCAUUUCAUCGCUUGAAAUUGGUGGUUCCUAUAUAUUAUGUAUUCAUUAUUCUUAAGUGCAUUUCCUUUAAAUGUUUAACAGCUUCUGUGUCAAUUAGUUUGCUUAAGGUUGAGAACUAUUUUAAUGUGCGCAGAUGGUUAGCAAAAGAUACUUAGUGUUCACAAUUGGCUCAAAUGUAGUGAAAGUAAUGUAAUAUAUUGUCUAUUUGAAUUUCUUUUAUUCUUGAAACCUUCUUAGCAAUUCUUUGGGUAACAUGACUAGAAGCUAUUUCACUGGAAUCAGCUGUUUGUAAAUGGUCUAUUCUAUGUAAAUAAAGACAG